AUGUUCGGUUUUCAAACUCUUUCAUGUCUUGGUAAUAUACCAGGUCUUCAAUCAUCAACUAGUACAAUUUACGGUGUCUACACUAAAGCUAAGAAUAAAAGUCUUUUUAUUCGAUUUCCAUGUAAUUUAGUUGAAACCAUUGCUGAUAAAUCAAGUAAAAUCGUAUAUAAUUUUGCUAAUUCUCUUGUUGAACCAUUACGAAGACCUGUAAAUGCAAUUGAUGAUUUUACUGCUGAAAAAAUUCGUCAGAUUGAAUCUAAAUAUCCUGUUAUGAAGACGCGUAGUGAGGAAGUGAUGGUUGCAUUGAGUAAGAAAGCUGAGCCUGCUCGCCAUGUACUGAACUGUGUCAAACAAAAGACGACGUCAACUAUUCAAGAUGGCAAACAAAUGGUUGCUAUUGUGGCCAGUGUAACAGUAAAUAAAGUAACUAACGUAGCCGACGCUGUGUAUACAUUUUGUGAAAAUCAUGUACCAGGAAAAACAACUCAUAUUCCUCGUGAUGAUUUCUGCCAUCGAACAACACUCUUAUGGAAUCGUCUUACGUCAAGUUUUGAUUUGAAGAUUGAUUAUGUAAUGCAAUCAAUAUUAUUCUUCUUAAUAUGCUAUCAAAAUCUCAUCGUAUCUUUAUUAUUAAAAACUAAACAAAAGCACGAUAAUUUUAUUAAUAAUAUCAAGCAAAGACCAGUUUUAUUUGUAUUAUUUAAGCGAUUGUUUAUUUUUACUGGCGUUAUUCUUGACUAUGUGAUUGAACGUAUUGAAACGCAUGAUAAAAGAGAAACUAAAGAACAAUCUCAACUGAUUCAACAACAACAACAAAAACAAUUCCUUUGUCGGCAAACAUUAAAACCUAAUGAAUUUCUUUCUCCACGUCAACCGGUUGGUAUUUCAAAACAAGAUUCAGUUACAAAUCGUAGUAAAAGUGAAGAACUGGAAGUGAAUGUAGAAGAAAAAAUUAGUCCAACUUUAAAUUUCAAUAAUAUUCAUCAACCGAAAUCACCAUCUAUUGAAUCUGCUCCAAAUGAUAAUACUGAUAAAUUACAUGAUCGACUGGAACCAAUUGAUAUUGGAUUUCUUUUUUCUAAAUUACCUUUUGAUAAUAUACCAUGCAGAGAAGAUGAAGAAUCUUCAAACGACGACGAUGAAAUAAUUCGUACACUAUUCGAAUAG